AAAUGGUCUAUAUUGUAGUGUUUGGGUUUCACUGAAUGCUAACUUUUAGUGCGGGAGGGAUUUUCUUUUUUUUAGUAAUUGAGCUAUAACUCACAAAAAAUUUACCUUUUAGAAUUAUACAGUGGUUUUCAGUAUAUUCACAAAGUUAUGCAACCAUCACCAUUUGGUGAAUGCUUGUUAAUCACUCAUCUCUUAAAGGUGACCUCCUCAGAGCCACUGGAGUAGAGAAGAUCCAGAUUCAAAGUAAUAGUUGUUUUGUCCAGCAGGGCCCUUAGACUUUAUUUACAUUAAACAAUACCUGUGGAAACUGAGAGAUAAGUUUAGAUAGUUAAUAGAUAAGAUUCUUGAGAUUUGUUUCUCUUUCUGUAAGACCAAAGGCCUGCAACAACAACUCUGUCAAGGAUUUUUCAGACUUCCAUGGGACAGUAAGUGAAAUAGAGUAAGCAGAGGAAAUCGGGGAAAAGUCUUAUUCCUGGAGUGUCAUUUCUUUUCCUACCUAAUUUUCUGUUCUACCUGGUUAUUUCCUUUUCUGCCUUGACUUACUCAUUAUUAGACUGUUAGAUUUGGGCUCUUAUUUUACAAACUAUUAGAAUUUUUGAUUGGGAGUAAACCCUCUUUGGGGAAGGUUUUAUUUAAUGUAGUUAGUACAUAGCUUUUUGCAUUCUUUUGUCCUUUGCUUAUUUUUCACCUGCUCUGGAAUCGUACUGCAUGAAAAGACAGCAGUUAAAAUUUAUCAUGCGAGAUUUCGCGCCCGGCGGGAGUUACGCCAGUCACGAGGGACGGACUACACUUGGGUCGGCGGCGAGUUUCCUGCAUCAUCUGCUUGUAGUCGCGAUGAGUUUGCCUCUCAAUCCCAAACCUUUCCUGAAUGCAUUAACAGGAAGGCCAGUAAUGGUGAAACUUAAGUGGGGAAUGGAGUUCAAAGGGUACCUGGUAUCUGUAGAUGGCUGUAUGAACAUGCAGCUUGCAAACACAGAAGAAUACAUAGGUGGAGCACUGUCUGGACAUUUGGGUGAAGUUUUAAUAAGGUGUAAUAAUGUCCUAUAUAUCAGGAGUGUUGAAGAAGAAGAAGAUGAUGGGGAAAUGAGAGAAUAGCAUCUUUUGUGGGUAAUUUUAUAUAUAUAUAUUUCUAGACAACUUUUUUUUCCCAAAAAAUUUAUCAUGCGAGUUAGGGAAAUAUAGAGGACAGAUUUUAAGCCUUGUUUUGCUUGAUUUUGUUC